AUGUGUCCUUUGCUUAGGCGCCAGUAUGAGUCCGGUGUUCUUAUAACGGGUGUCCAAUUAUUCACACUGCCACCAGAAAGACUGAGAUAUGAACUCAUCGGAACGUGUCACAGCACGUGCACUCGUAAGACCUUCAAAGGACCGGUUUGGGUCACGUCCGUCUGGAACCACAUGCACUACGCAGGUAGGAAAUAUAAGGGCACAUUACAUAACAUACGUCAUCAAAUAGGUUUAAUAACGCUCUACUUUAAUUUGAUAAUAAUUUUCGGAUUCUUUAAUAUUUUUUUUGCAUAAUUGAUCGUAUGAUUAAUAUUACUAUUCUAUAAAUAAUCCGAGAAACAAUGGUAAUGACAAUGAUUGUACCAUAGACUAAAGUAAUUUGACAAAACAUGCAUUAAAGCAACGCACUUUAUAAGAACCCCAAUUAAUGCUAACCCUGUGAAUUUUAUUUUGCGUGCCUAUUGAACAUAGCGUAACAGCCAUACACACCUCCAUAGAGAAGUUAUUAUUUGUCAUGUGGAAAUUAAGUUAGUAAGUAAUCAAGUAACGCCAUGCCAUCGAACUGCAGGUAGAAGUGGGACAAUCGAACUGAUCAGAAACAAUACCAGCAGCUUUAUCAUUAACGAGACUUCCUACAGCUAUGACAGUCCGCAAGUCCAAAAUUAG